AUGCGUGGGCGACGGGAGAUUCAUUCAGAGCCCCGCGUUUCGUCGUUGCCAGUGUCCGACUCCUCGCCAGGAAGACAAGCAACAGACCCCUACUGGGUUGAUAAGUUCAAUGAUGGAGGCUACCAAAUUGUCAUGGCCAUGUGCUUCAAGGACAAUGUCGGCUCUGCCAAUUACAACGUCGCUGCCUCUACGGGAAUGGUGGGCCCCCUCAUGGUUGCUUCGUGGGUCGACGACUAUCAGAUCACCGGCUCGACUCAGACGUUCCGGGCCGGUACACAGGUCAUCUUGCCGGAUGGAGACUGUGACACCAUCGCCAUUUCGGGCCUGGAGUCCAUCGCAAGCCAGCAGGUCUACGUGCUCCCGCGCUGGUCAACCCACCACGUCGAGGACGACAAGUCGGUUCAAAAAGGCAGCUUUGCGCUUCGCAACGGCGUCACAGCCUCGGCCGUCGUCACCAUGCUGAUGGAGGGCAAAUAUCUCCCCAUCUACAUCAGCCCCUUUGAGUUUCCACCAGGCCAGACUGUAUUCACGCCGGUUCCUAGAGUCGUCUUUUGGUUUCAGCCCGCCCUGGCCCAGUCGACUAUGAUCACAAAGGGCCAGGAGACCACCUGCGAGGUCGACAUGAGUGCAACCGCGUCGGCUACCAUUUCGUUCGAUAGAGAGGGCAAGUGGAACCGCAAGUAG